GGCUUGGCUGGGCAUGUUUAAGCGCACAGUGCUCUCCUGCCCACCCCCAGCAGCACCCCCACUCCAGGCUCGAGGAGCUUUCCGGAGCUUCCCACACUUCUGGGGAGAAGACUUCUUAGCCAGCUUGAUGUUUAAAAUUCAGCUGGAGCCCUUAAAACUUCGAGCGUGGACGCUGAAUGGGUUUGUAAAGUUUCGAAACAAGGAGACCAGCACCGGUCCAGUGGCUGUGAUGGGCAAAGAUUAUUACAAGAUUCUUGGGAUCCCAUCAGGGGCCAAUGAAGAUGAAAUCAAGAAAGCCUACCGGAAGAUGGCCUUGAGGUACCACCCUGACAAAAACAAGGAGCCCAACGCCGAGGAGAAGUUUAAAGAGAUUGCAGAGGCCUACGAUGUGCUGAGCGACCCUAAGAAACGGAGCCUGUAUGACCAGUAUGGGGAGGAAGGCCUGAAGACCGGCGGUGGCACGUCAGGUGGCUCCAGUGGCUCCUUUCACUACACCUUUCAUGGGGACCCUCACGCCACCUUUGCCUCCUUCUUUGGUGGCUCCAACCCCUUCGAUAUCUUCUUUGCCAGCAGCCGUUCCACUCGGCCCUUCAGUGGCUUUGACCCAGAUGACAUGGAUGUGGAUGAAGAUGAGGACCCAUUUGGUGCCUUUGGCCGCUUUGGCUUCAAUGGGCUGAGUAGGGGUCCUCGGCGAGCCCCAGAACCUCUGUAUCCCCGGCGCAAAGUGCAGGACCCACCUGUGGUGCAUGAGCUGCGGGUGUCCCUGGAGGAGAUCUACCACGGCUCUACCAAGCGCAUGAAGAUCACAAGGCGGCGCCUCAACCCUGACGGGCGAACUGUGCGCACCGAGGACAAAAUCUUGCACAUUGUCAUCAAGCGUGGCUGGAAGGAAGGCACCAAGAUCACCUUCCCCAAAGAGGGCGAUGCCACACCUGACAACAUCCCUGCCGACAUCGUCUUCGUGCUCAAGGACAAGCCCCAUGCACACUUUCGCCGGGAUGGCACCAAUGUGCUCUACAGCGCCCUGAUCAGCCUCAAGGAGGCGCUGUGCGGCUGCACCGUGAACAUUCCCACCAUUGAUGGCCGAGUGAUUCCUUUGCCCUGCAAUGAUGUCAUCAAGCCUGGCACAGUGAAGAGACUCCGAGGGGAGGGCCUUCCCUUUCCCAAGGUCCCCACGCAGCGGGGAGACCUCAUUGUGGAGUUCAAGGUCCGCUUCCCGGAUAGAUUGACACCACAGACUCGACAGAUCCUGAAGCAGCACCUGCCCUGCUCCUAGGCGCUGCCCCAGCCAGCCCAGAGUCUACCACAGCAAUACCCCACACUCACCCGUCCAGUGUACACCCAGCUUGACAUCCACUGGACACUGGAAACUUUUUCUAAAACGCAAAAAAAGCCACUGGUUUUCAGGAUAACGUUCCUGUCCCUGACCCUUCUCAGAGCUGGGCUGCCUUGGGGAGUGGGAGGGAGGUGGGGAGAGCCAGCCCAGGCCAGGGGUCAGUGUUUCUGUCACUAGCUUUGAAUCCAGUUUCCACUCCAGUGGCUGGGGAGUGACUUGAGUGCUACUUGAAGAUAUAGAUCCCUUGUCUGUGCCUGUAAAUAGCAUGUCCUCCUUCCCUCAGCCUUGCUGAUACCUUUCCUUUCCCUUCCCUCUGAGCUCCUCCUGUGUGGGGGAGGAAGAGGAUACAAAGGACACUGGUCUCCACCCCCACCCCUGGUCCACAGUGUCCAUGGUUGCCGCACACAUAUCCACGUACAUGAAGCACUCAUCCAGAGCUAUGUGUACUCUCCAGGAGGCAGGAGAGGCAAAGACAGAAAGGGGAAGUCCGCAACCCUCGAACAGGGCCAUUGAGCACGAGACACUUUUCAUUUGGGGGAGGGAGAUAAACUGACCCUCAGCAAUCUCCCCAACAGCUGCCCCCAGCCUACACCUCACAGACAGGUUCUGCCUUCUCUGCUGCUCUGAGGAAUGUUCGAGGGUGGAGAAAGGGAGGAAGGGCUUGGGAUUUUAAGGCUAAGGGUGGGCCAGGGCCCAUCUCCCAGCCCUCAUCAAGAAGGGAAAGGGCUUUGGGGUCAGGUGGCAGCUAUUCCCCAACAAGAGAUUCAGGGUCACAGGUUUCUCUCCACACCUCUGAACUCAGGGCCUAGCCACCCCAAACUUCCAAGUCCCACUUUUGUGAUAUGUGAAGCUACUUAUUUCUUACCCUUCUUGGAGGCUGUGUGGGGAAUUUCCAGCCCUUUUAUGCCUGUGUGAUCCCACCCCACUCCCCCAGUUGUGUAAGUCAAUAGUGGAGGAGCUGGGAGAAGACUGCUUCAGCUGGUCCUGGGGUGGGGUCUUUAGGUUUUCUCACUUUGACAAGCCCCUGAAUGUUUUUAUAGUAGUUUUUUUGUAUUUUUUGUAAUGACAGUAUUAUCAAAAAUAAAGUAUUUUAAAAAUA